GAUCAAACGCACAAGGCGGCUGCCUUUUUUUAAUAUUAUUUAGUCCCAUGAGAAAACUCUCGGAGCUUUCCAGUUUGCAGUUACGGCCACGAUUUUAAUAUUAUUAUAAAUGUCGCCUCCUCCUUUGACUACCACUGAAGAUCCAUUUCCUAAGUUAUAUAAUGGGAUGCGUAACCCAACACACUAUAUAUUCCACAAUUUGCAUUAGCUUCUCACAUUUUCAGCUCAGAUUAACCAAAAAUCUGGACACCCUCUAGGGCAGAGCUAUUAGAAGAUUGAAGAUUUAGUAUGAAAAUGACCAACAUGAACACGAAAAAUGAUAGAUCCUCUGAAAUAUCAUCGAGUGAUUUGGAAUCUGGAGGUAUCGUUAUUGUGGGAGGUGGAAUUGCUGGGCUUGCUACAGCAGUAGGUCUCCACAGGUUUGGGUUGAAGAGCUUGGUUUUGGAGAGAGCAGAUUCAUUGAGAACAACAGGAGCUGCAUUGACCCUGAUGACCAAUGCUUGGAGAGCACUUGAUUAUCUUGGUGUUGCAGAAUCAAUUCGCAGGAAACAUCCACAGUUGCAGAGGGCACGGGUUACUUCAAUUUCAUCAGGAUUUACCAAGGAGAUCUCAUAUAGCAGCUGUGGGAAAUCAGGAAAUCAUGAGGUUAGGGCUGUGCAAAGAAGUGUUCUUCUUGGAACCCUUGCAGAAGAAUUGCCUCCAGAUACAAUCAGAUUUAACUCCAAAGUUGUUUCCAUACAGCAAUCUGAAAGUUCUUCCUUGAUAGCAAUACAAUUGAGAGAUGGAGCACUAAUCAAAGCUAAGGUAUUGAUAGGAUGCGAUGGGGUAAAUUCUGUAAUUGCGGAAUGGUUAGGGCUUCCAGCCCCUAGUCUGUCUGGGAGAUCAGCCAUUAGGGGAUUGGCAACAUAUCCUGAAGGGCAUAAUUUUGAGCCAAAGGUGCAGCAGUAUUGGGGAGAAAAUUUGAGGGCAGGUUUUGUUCCAUGUAAUGACAAGGAUGUUUACUGGUUCACAACCCAGACAUCACAUCCUAAUGAUUCAGAGAUUUCACAGGAUCCAAAGAGAAUUUUGGAAUUUGCAGUGGAGAAACUUGGAAAAUUUCCAGAGCCAAUGGUAGAUAUGGUAAAGAAGUCUCAGAUAGACACUUUAACAUUAGCCCCACUGAGCUUAAGAUGGCCCUGGCAAGUAUUACUAGGUCAACUGAGCAAGGGCAAUGUGUGUGUUGUAGGAGAUGCAAUGCACCCUAUGACUCCAGACUUGGGCCAAGGUGGUGGUGCUACACUUGAGGAUGCGGUGGUGCUUGGAAGGUGCCUUGGAAAAGCAAUGACUGCAACAGAUGGUUUAGAAAAUGACAAAAGGAUAGAAGAAGCAUUAAAUAAGUUUGUGAAGGAGAGACGAUGGAGAGCAUUUGGGCUAAUAAGUGGAGCAUACUUGACAGGCAUUGUGCAACAAGGGUAUGGGGGGCUUCUAAUGAGAUUCCUGCGAGACAAGUAUUUGGGUAAAAAGUUAUCAGAUAAUAUUUUGAGUCAGGCAGAUUUUGACUGUGGAGAACUUGGGGUAAACUAAAUGAGUGACAAAAUGAAUCACAGAGUUUGCAACUGCAAAGGUGGUCCAUGCAGCUACAAAUGACAAGAGUAUAGAAGCAGCAUUAAGUUUGUGGAAGAGAGGAGAUGGAGAGCAGUCGAGCAUACUUGACAGGCAUUGUGCAACAAGGAUAUGGGGGGCCUCUGAUGAGAUUUCUGUGAGAUAGGUUUUUGGGUAGUAAGUUAUCAGAUAAAAUUUUGAAUAAGGCAGUUUUUAACUGUGGAUAACUUCGGGCAAACUGAAUGAGAGACGAUAUGAAUCACAGACUGUGCAACUGCAAAGGUAGCCCAUGUAGCUAUAGAGCAAAUCUCACACAAACCUCCAUCCUCGAUCAAUCCUACAUAUUAAAAUAUUUGGUUUUAAUACUAGAUAACUUUCCUUGUCCGAAUCACUGAUCAUCUGUACUGCAAUUCAUCGUAUUGAGACUCCAUUUUGUAUGCAAUAACUACGAAAUUUGUCAA